AUAUCGUUUCAUCACCUAUUUCUCUCUCAUCGUUUUUAUUUCUCUCUCUCUCUCUCUCUCUCUCUCUCUCUCUCUCUCUCUCUACUGCUCUUCAGGUCGCCUACGGUCGGGCCGGGUGCCGUGUAUAAAAGCUUCCACUGCGUCACCCUCCAUCUUUCUUUUCCGUUUUUUUCUGUUUGUUUUUUAUCAGCUCGAUAGCGAUUGGGGAAAAAGUUGGAAAGAGAAGGGUUUUUCAUGGCGGUGUGUGGGAAGAAGAAGAAGAAUCAGUGGUUUACUGAGCUGGGUUAGGGUUAGGGUUUUGAGUUUGGGUUUGUAUGUCUGCGAUUUUAGUUAUGUGGGGGAGGUUUAAUUGCGGAAUAAUGCAUGUCAAAAUUACAUGUUUCAGAGUGAGGAAGAAGAGGUUAAGCUGAAAGUUAAAGGGGGAAAUUUGGAUUUCGGGGGUGGGGGGUGGGGUUUUUGCUUGAUCAAUCGUGAUUUGUCGAGUUAUGAUUUAGAAUUCGAAGAUUGUAUACUAUCAUUAUUAAAUAUAUCUAUAUAAUAAUCCAAAGGGUUUAGAUAAAAUAUGAAGCUUUCAACAUCAGGGUUGGGUCAGCAGCCUCAUGAAGGAGAAAAGAAAUGCUUGAAUUCAGAGCUAUGGCACGCUUGUGCUGGCCCCCUUGUCUCCCUACCUAUAGUUGGCAGUCGAGUCGUUUACUUCCCUCAAGGCCAUAGCGAACAGGUUGCUGCCACUACAAAUAAAGAAAUCGAUGCUCAUAUACCCAAUUACCCAAGCUUGCCUCCCCAAUUGAUCUGUCAACUCCACAAUGUCACAAUGCAUGCGGAUGUUGAAACAGAUGAGGUUUAUGCCCAAAUGACAUUGCAGCCCUUGACCCCGCAAGAACAAAAGGACACAUUUCUACCUGUUGAGUUGGGCACACCAAGCAGACAGCCAACUAAUUACUUUUGCAAGACAUUAACAGCAAGUGAUACCAGUACCCAUGGAGGAUUCUCUGUUCCUCGUCGUGCAGCUGAAAAAGUCUUCCCUCCAUUGGACUUCUCUCAACAACCACCCGCCCAAGAACUCAUCGCAAGAGAUCUCCAUGAUGUUGAAUGGAAGUUCAGACAUAUUUUUCGCGGGCAACCAAAACGUCACCUUCUUACCACAGGGUGGAGUGUAUUUGUUAGUGCAAAAAGACUUGUUGCAGGGGACUCUGUUCUUUUCAUCUGGAAUGAAAAAAAUCAACUACUUUUGGGGAUACGUAGAGCAACACGUCCACAAACUGUAAUGCCAUCAUCAGUUCUAUCAAGUGAUAGUAUGCACAUUGGGCUCCUUGCUGCUGCUGCUCAUGCAGCUGCUACAAAUAGUUGUUUCACAAUUUUUUAUAACCCAAGGGCAAGUCCAUGUGAAUUUGUUAUUCCUCUUUCGAAAUACGUGAAAGCUGUGUAUCAUACUCGUGUUUCUGUUGGGAUGCGUUUCCGCAUGCUUUUUGAAACUGAAGAAUCAAGUGUUCGAAGAUACAUGGGUACAAUUACUGGAAUUGGUGAUUUGGAUCCUGUUCGUUGGCAGAAUUCUCAUUGGAGAUCUGUAAAGGUUGGAUGGGAUGAAUCAACUGCAGGUGAGAGGCAGCCACGUGUCUCAUUAUGGGAAAUUGAACCACUAACUACUUUUCCCAUGUAUCCAUCACUUUUUCCACUUCGCCUAAAACGCCCCUGGUAUCCCGGAGCUUCAUCUUUUCAAGAUAGUAGAGAUGAUGGGGUUAAUGGGAUGACAUGGCUGAGAGGGGAACCAGGGGAACAAGGAUUGAAUUCUCUAAACUUCCAAUCUGUUGGCAUGUUUCCAUGGAUGCAACAAAGGGUAGAUCCGUCUUUUCUUCAAAGUAAUCUGAAUCAGCAAUACCAAGCUGCAUUAGCUGCAGGUUUACAGAAUCUUGGAAGUGGAGAUGCUUUGAAGCAACAAAUACUCCAAUUCCAACAACAACAGCAACAGCAACAACAACAAAUCCAGUAUAGUCCUUCAGGCACUUCUAAUCCACUUUUCCAACAAUCACAACAACUAAUCCCUCAACAAUUCGUCCAUGGUCAAACCCAAAUCCAACAAGUCAACACUCAACCAGAAGAACACCCACAACCACAACAACAACAACAGAGUUCGUAUCCGGAAUCUUACUUGCUUCAACACCAUGAGAGGCCACAAUCCCAUGCUUUUAUGGACCCGAAUACCAAAUUUGCCCCUCCUUCAAUGCAAAACAUGUUGGGUUCUUUAAUAACAUCUGAAGGAAGUGGGAAUCUUUUGAGUUUUUCUAGGGCGGGGCCCACUUUGACUGAGCAGCAUCCAUCGAACCAGAACCAAAACCAACAGUCUUGGGUUUCGAGGUUUGCUCAGUCACAACCGAAUUUGUCGUCUUCUUCACCUGCUCCAUCAUUGUCAUAUCAAGAGAAGAAUGUUGAAGAAGCUUCAAGUUUGGAUACACAGACACAGGGGUUGUUUGGUGGAACGAAUAUUGAUUCUUCAGUAGGGCUUUUACAGGAAACUGACAUAGCCACCACCACCACCACCACCACCAUGACCAUGGCGAUGGCAUCACCGGCUUCUGGUUUUCAGAAUAAUUCUUCUUACUUUGGGUACAUGCAGGACUCUUCUGAGCUGCUGCAUGCGACGACAGGAGCACAAAUUGACCCAUCAAACCCUAAUCGUACGUUUGUCAAGGUAUACAAAUCAGGUUCGGUGGGGAGGUCACUGGACAUCAGCCGGUUUCACAGCUACCCAGAGCUGAAGGAGGAACUGGAACAGAUGUUCAAUGUUGAGGGGCUGCUUCAAGACCCUCAAAGAUCAGGCUGGCAGCUUGUAUUCGUUGACAGGGAGAAUGAUGUUCUUCUCCUUGGAGACGGACCCUGGGAGGCAUUUGUAAAUAGUGUGUGGUAUAUCAAGAUACUUUCUCCUGAAGACGUGUUGAAACUUGGGAAGCAAGAGUUGGAGUCCUUCACUCAAAACUCAGGAGGAGAAAGAAUUGGGAAUGAUGGGCAUGGGCAUGGACAUGGGGGGAGAGAGCUUUCUGGAUUGCCUCCUUCCAUGGGUUCGCUUGAUUUUUGAGAAAAAAACCCAAACCCAAAACCAAGACUUUGUAUUUGUCGUCUUCUAUUUGAUGCGCUCUCUCUACUCUACUCUACUCUACUUUAUGUUUAUGAAGAUUGACACUCCUAUUUAUUUAUUUUCUAGGUCGGUUGUUAUUAGUUUUGUGUAUCCUGGUUGGUUAUUUAGUAAAAUGUUUAGACAAGACAAGACUCUACUAUUAUUGUGAUUCCAAGGAAACUUUAUCAAUCAAUCAAUCAAUCAUCAAUGCAAUGCAUGCAACAAAGUUAUUGACUA